CUAGCCUUUCCUAAGGAGCAAUGGAAUUAAACAACAAAAGCUCUGAGACGGACUUCAUCCUGCUGGGAUUUUCCAGUCGACCCCAACUGGAGCAUAUCAUCUCUGCAGUUGUCUUUGUCUUCUAUAUUGUGACUCUGGUAGGAAACACAACCAUUAUUCUAGUGUCUUAUCUGGACUCUCAGCUCCAUACUCCCAUGUAUUUCUUCUUAUCUAAUUUGUCUCUUGUGGACCUCUGUUAUACUACUAGCAUUGUCCCACAGAUGCUGGUAAAUCUAUGGGGCCCAAAGAAGUCUAUUACAUAUGGAGGGUGUGUACUCCAGUUCUUCUUUGCCCUGGACCUGGGAGCCACAGAAUGUCUCCUCUUGGCUGUGAUGGCCUAUGACCGCUAUGCUGCUGUCUGUCAACCUCUUCACUACACAGUAAUAAUGCACCCUGUCCUUUGCCAGAAGAUGGUGCUGUCAGCCUGGUUGGGUGGUCUUGGCAGUGCAUUAAUUCUUUGUUCCUUGACUUUGAAGUUGCCAAGGUGUGGGCACCGGGAAGUGGAUAAUUUUUUCUGUGAAAUGCCUGCAUUGAUCAAGAUGGCUUGUGUUUAUUCCAGAGUGAUUGAGAUUGUUGUGUUUACUCUUGGAGUUAUAUUUCUUCUAGUACCUCUAUCUCUAAUCCUCAUCUCCUAUGCGGUUAUCACUCAAGCUGUGAUGAAGAUCAAGUCAGCGACAAGGUGGAGAAAGGUCCUCAAUACAUGUGGUUCCCACCUCACAGUAGUAACCCUGUUUUAUGGAACACUCAUUUACAUGUAUAUGAAACCACAGAAUACCAUAUCUCAUGAGGAAGGACAAUUUUUUACCCUUUUUUACACCAUUGUCACCCCCAGCCUUAACCCUUUGAUCUAUACCUUAAGAAACAAAGAUGUAAAGAAUGCAGUGAAGAGAAUUUUAGGAAUGGACAAGCAUUCUGCCAAAGUGUGAGGUCAAUGGAAAAAAAAUAUUCAACCAGAAUGUGGAGAUAUAUCUUGGCCCUUGUCAUAAUGGCAGAUCAGUUCAUUCAGGACCAUUUC